AUGAUGAAACAAAAAAAGGUCUUGCUGAUGGGCAAAAGUGGAUCUGGAAAGACAUCUAUGAGGAGCAUCAUAUUUGCUAAUUACAUUGCAAGAGACACUAGAAGACUAGGAGCUACCAUUGAUGUUGAGCACUCACAGAUUCGUUUCUUGGGGAACCUGACCCUCAAUUUAUGGGGUAUGAGUGCAGUCUUGAACUUGACCGUUACACUAAAUGUUAACCCUCUAAUUGCUAUAGAUUGUGGAGGACAAGAAUCAUUCAUGGAAUCCUACAUUCAACAACAACGAGACAACAUUUUCAGAAACGUCGAAGUCCUCAUCUACGUAUUCGACGUCGAAUCAAGAGAACAUGAAAAGGACAUGCACUAUUACCAAUCCAUGCUCGAAAACAUACUCAAGAGCUCAAAAGAUGCAAAGAUCUUUUGUCUCAUACAUAAGAUGGAUUUGGUGCAAGAAGAUCAACGUGAAGCUUUAUUCAAAGACCGUGAAUCAGAAUUGAAACGACGAUCACUCCCUCUACACAUAAGUGCCUUCCCAACUUCGAUUUGGGAUGAAUCAUUAUACAAGGCCUGGUCAUCAAUCGUAUACGCUCUCAUACCCUCCAUCCACGAACUGGAAAACAACUUGCAAGGACUCGCCACACUAUGUGAUGCAGAUGAAGUUCUCCUGUUUGAAAAGACUACUUUUCUCGUGAUUGCCCAUGCCACACGGACAUCACAUGAAGACCAACAUCGGUUUGAAAAGAUAUCAAAUAUAAUCAAGCAGUUCAAGUUAUCCUGCGGAAAAUCACAAACUACAUUCCAAAGCAUGGAGAUGAGGAAUGGCAAGUUUGCGGCAUUCAUAGAUGCGUUGACUUCCAAUACGUAUCUCAUGGUUGUCAUGUCUGAUCCAUCCAUUCAAUCAUCUGCAACAAUAUUAAACAUGCAUGCAGCUCGUAAACAUUUCGAAAAUGUAUUUGAAGGCCAACGUACAUAG